AUGUCGUCGUUUUUCACAGUACCCGCUUCCCAGAAAAAGCGAAAGAGGGAGGACCGCGCCGCAGCUCCGGGCUCGAAGAAGCGAGGUGUUGAUGCAAAUGGCGAUUCGGGCGCCAAGGGUCGAGGCGCAAGGAAACAGAGAGAUGAAUCUGUCUCGGGGAGCGACAUUGACGAAGACGAAGCCAGCACAGCAUCAAGGUCCGAGGAUGAGAGUGGCUCGGACGACGAAGACGAGACGGCCGCCGAACGGAGGUUGAAGCUUGCGGAACGAUAUCUGGAAAAUGUCCGAGACGAAGUGGAUGAGGUGGGCUUCGACGCGGCCGAGAUUGACCGAGACUUGAUUGCGGAGAGGUUAAAAGAGGAUGUGGAUGAAUUCAAAGGACGGGGAUACCGUCAAAUUGCUUCGGAUUUGGCAUUUUCAUCAGCAUCCCACUCGUUAUUCCGUGCAGAUACCCAGUCGACUACCUCUAUUGCCGUCCAUGCGCCGUUUGUCUACACCGUUUCUAAAGAUAAGGCCUUGAUCAAAUGGGAACUCGCUAGCCCUGAAAAUCAUACACCCUCGUCGGAAAAUUCGAAACGACCCCCACGGCCGCAGCGAAAGAAGCCUAAGAAAGUGAAGUACGUCCGAGGUGUGCAAAAGGUGGAGGAGACUGGUGAAGAGCAUGGCCAUACGAAGAACAUUCUGUCGCUUGCUGUGUCGCCAUCUGGGAAGUUUCUGGCUACCGGUGGAGAGGACAAUAAGUUGAUCAUCUGGGACGCAGCGACAUUGACGCCAUUGAAGACCUUUACGCAACAUCGGGACACGGUUAGCGGACUUGCCUUUGCCCGGCACAUCUCUACCAUGAGCUCGGGUGAACAGUUGUUCUCUGGAUCGUAUGACCGUACGAUCAAGGUAUGGUCGGUGAGCAGUGCUGGGCAUGCUUAUGUGGAAACUCUCUUUGGACACCAAGACAAUGUCGCUUCGGUGGCGGCCAUGACUAUCGACCAAUGUGUCAGUGUCGGCGCCCGCGACCGCACUGCUCGACUGUGGAAGGUGGUGGAAGAAGCACAGCUCGUCUUCCGCGGUGGGGCUUCCAAGAAUGCAGCUUAUCACGAAAACAACCUGGACUGCAUUGCCCCUCUCCCACCUAACCACUUUGUCACUGGCUCCGACUCGGGCUCUUUGGCCCUGUGGUCCAUCCACAAGAAGAAGCCGCUACAUGUCAUCCCUCUCGCUCACGGCCUCGACCCUGUACCUCCCCUCGAAGAUCUCUCCUCCGAACUUGAUCAGCAAACAGCUGGGACUAAUUCCCGACACCUCCGCCCCAUGCCCCGCUGGAUCACCGCGCUCACUACUGUUCCUGGCACGGAUAUCGUCCUCAGCGGCAGCUGGGACGGUUGGAUCCGAGCAUGGAAAAUCUCCGAAGACAAGAAGGUCAUCCUCCCGCUGGGCACGGUAGGCGGUGGCGCCUCCUCGGAACCCGAUACCCCCUCUUUCCAACUGAAGCAGAACCUCGCAUUCGACGCUACGAAUGACGACGACAACAUGGCAAUUGACAACUUUCCUGUAUCGCAGUCGAGUGCUGCCAAGGAAGCCGAACCACUUAUCAAGGGCGUCAUAAACGACAUUGCCGUCUUCGAACGCCGGAACGAUACCGCCAGACCAGACCAACCUCUCGAGUCCAAGUCCAAGUCCAAGUCCAAGCCCAAGCCCAAGGAAUCCGAGACAAGAGGCUUGUGUGUUGUCGCUGCCGUCGGGAAAGAACACCGUCUUGGACGCUGGAAAUGCUACGCGAAUAGUUCUAACGCCGAUUCUAUUCCUGAAGGCCGGAAUGGCGCUGUGGUGUUUGAAGUUCCUUUCGCGUCUGACCAGACGAAGAAGGCUUCUUCGUAG